AUGACACCCAAAGAAAAAGUUACUCUUAAAGAAUAAAUUGAAUUUCUUUAACAAUAAACUGAUCUUCUCAAAUAAUCUAUGGAAUUAUAAGUAGAUAAUACUAUUGCUUAUUUGAAUGCAUUUGAAAAUAAUUUGGAAUCCCUUAAGGUUACUAUUUUUAAUCGAAAAUACAAUGUUUGAUAAUAU